AUGGCCAACGUAUUCAAAGUUUCCGAAGAAGAUGGCAGGAACGCAGACUUGCGGGAGAAUGAGGAACUGCGUGGAGAAAAAUACGGCAUCAACAAGGACGUCAGUAGAUUCCACAGCACUUGUAGGCCAAAAUCUAACAUAGUUUUUCUAAAGAGCCACAAAACGGCGAGUUCCACCGUACAGAACAUCCUGAUGAGAUACGGACUGGCCAACAACCUCACCUUCGCCCUACCGAAAAGGGAGAACUUCCUCAACUGGCCAAAAUUCUUCCACAAGUCGUCUGUUCUACAGGAACAUCUCCAUGGUAACCAGGAACAUCUCCAUGGCAACCAGGAGCGUCUCCUUGGUAACCGGGAACAUCUCCAUGGUAACCAGGAGCGUCUCCAUGGUAACAAGGAACAUCUCCAUGGCAACCAGGAGCGUCUCCAUGGUAACCAGGAACAUCUCCAUGGUAACCAGGAUCGUCGCCAUGGUAACCAUACAGCCUACAACAUCCUCUGCCAUCACACGCGGUUUCACUACGACAACAUCCGGGACCUCAUGCCAGACGACUCCGUGUACGUGACCAUUGUUAGGAACCCGGUGGACAUGUUUGAGUCGAUUUUUACCUACAGAAGACUUGACAAGAAGUACCACAUUUCUCAACCAAACUCCUUAAAGGUGUUCCUCGACAGCCCCUCAGACUUCGUGAAGAAAUAUGGUCGGACAGAACAUUCCCAGAAUCCUUUGCUCUACGAUCUGGGUUACGACAGCGAUCAGCUGACGUCAUCACAGACGAUACAAUCAGCUAUUGAUCGGAUCGGUCAGAUAUUUUCCGUUGUCAUGGUAGCAGACUAUUUUGAAGAGUCAUUGAUAUUGUUGAAGCAUGUUUUAUGCUGGUCGUUAGAUGACGUCACCUUUUUCAAGGUUAACGUCAGAAGCGACAAGUCCGUGCGUCACGUGACCGCAGACAUGGCGGGAAAAAUCCGCCAAUGGAACAAGGCGGACGCCAUGUUGUUCGAACACUUCAACAGAACUUUGUGGGCGAAACUUUCCAAACUGCCCUUCAACUGGAGGCAGGAAGUCCAGCUCCUCAAGGAGAGAAACCAGCGUCUUAAAGACGCGUGUCUGAAGUCUGACGACGCCUCCAACACGGAAAUAAGAGAGCAGAAGUUCCGAGUCUGGGAGCCGGAGGGAGUUUCUGUGCGCGGGUUCCUCCUGAGAGACUCUGCCCGGGAGAACAGGACUUGUGUCAACAUGGCGAAACCGCCCAAACCGUUUACUUACGAGCUGCAGGACAGGGAGAGGCUUAGGCUCGGGACGGGACAGCUGCAUGACAGGGAAAGGGCGGGACAGCUGCAGUACAGGGAAAGGGAAAGACUUAGACUCGGGACAGCUGCAGGACAGGGAAAGGGCGGGACUUAG